GCCCUCAGCGCGCUAUAUGGCAUGGGGGCAGUGCUUGCCCACUUCGUCAUGUUCGGGUCUUUAGUCGUCAUGGUGAGUGCCUUCGCAAGACAAGAAGCGCUCCUGUUCCUCCGUUCCCUCAACGGAUUAUGUGAAAAGCAGCAUAUCCGUUUGUUGCUCGGAAAGCUGAACCACUACACUCCGAUGCUGCUACUUGUGCGAUUCCUUGCGGGCGACCAUUUUAAACAAGAUCUGUUUACUGACAUUGCAAGCUACUAGACCCAACAGCAUAAUGCAUUUACGACGAGCU